CAGUAUAUUGCGUCUUAGUCUAUUUCUCCUUUUGUGCGCGUUGUCCAGGGGCGACGAGUUCACAUUCUGCAUCAGCAUGUACCAGAAAUUCGCCGAUUGCAUGGCAUUCCUCGGAGGCCUCGCCCCGGUGCCCACGGGAGACUGUUGCAGAAACCUGCUAGCCCUCAACGACCUCGCCAAACGGAACCAGUCGAGCCCGGAACUGCUGUGCCAGUGCAUCGAGGACAUUGCGUACGUGCUGGACACCCCGUUACUCCCCUCCCGGAUUGAGGAUCUCCGUGGUCAGUGUGAAGUGCAUCUCAGCUUCCCCAUUUCAAAUGGCAUGAACUGCUCCAUGGCUAAUUUUGGGGCAUGAGAAGACAAGUGAAGCUC